AUGGCUGCUAACAGGAGGAGAAUGAGUAAUGGUGCUGAUGACAUCGCUGAGGCUAUUCACUGCAUGGUGGAUGCGAUGCAGGUACCUGUAGCAGCGCAACCCAGAACAACCAUUGCACCAGUCAGGGUGCCGACUAUGGAGGAUUUCUUGCGCCACAAGCCAGCGAAGUUCACUGGCAAAGUCUCUCCUGAUGAAGCGGAUGCAUGGCUCCGCAAAUGUGAGAAGAUCUUCAAGGUGAUGAACUGCGAAGAUGAGCAGAAGCUGCUGUUUGCUACCUAUCUGCUGAAUGAGGAUGUUGAAUAUUGGUGGGCAGGCAUGCAACAACAGAUGGGGACUAGGGAAGAGCUGGUGACUUGGGCCAACUUCAGGACUCGUUUCCUAGAGAAAUACUUUCCAGAUACAGUUAGACAGGACAGGGAGGCUGAAUUCCUUGCAUUGCAGCAAGGGGACAUGACAGUGCAGGAGUAUGUCAACAAGUUUGAGCAUCUGGUGAGUUGUCCGACAUUAGAGGAAUGUCGUAGAGGUGAGACAAAUGAAGAAGCCUUACAGCCGAUCUCAGGCAUCUCAGGGUCCCACUUGCUACCAAUCUGGCGGACCCACCUGAAGAGAAAUUGUCCUCAGCUGACAGGUGGAGUAGGAGGGUCAAGCGACUGUCGUAAGUGUUUUAUAUGCGACAAACCGGGACACUUUGCCAACAAUUGCCCAAAAAAGAAGAAUUUGGGUGUGAAGAAGCCAGCGAAAUCGCCAGCAGAGAGAGCUAGAGCGGUUGGAAGGGUUUUUGCCUUGACCUCCACAGCUACUAAAUCAGGUAACCUUAUCCUCGAGCCAUGUCUAUUGUUGGGUCAGUUAGUAUUAGUGUUGUUCGAUUCUGAAGCAACGCAUUCUUUCAUUGCUAAUGCUUGUGUGGGGAGAUUGAAUUUGGUGAAACGCGAUUUGGGGUGUGAGGUGCUUGUUUUAACUCCCUCCUCGGGUCAAGUAGCUACCAGUUCAGUCUGCGUUAGGUGUUCAAUGGAAGUGGCAGGUCGCAGAUUCAAGGUGAACUUGGUGUGCUUGCCUUUGGAGGGACUGGAUAGAGCAAUAAAUGAAGUGGAAGCUGGAGCCACCUAUUUUAUGAUAAUUGCUCACACAGAGAAGAAUAGCACCGCAGAGAAAAUCAGUGUGAUUCCAGUAGUGGAGGAGUAUGCGAAUGUGUUUCCAGAUGAAAUACCAGAAUUGGCACCAAGCAGGGAUGUAGAUUUCACCAUUGAUCUUAUCCCUGGAGCUGGCCCAGUAUCCAUGGCACGCUAUAGGAUGGCAUCAGCGGAGUUGGCUGAGUUGAAGAAGAAAAUAGAAGACUUGCUUGAGAAGAAGUUCAUCCGACCGAGCGCAUCACCUUGGUGA